AGUAUGAUGAUGCGGCACAGUGUCGUGACAGGUAAUGUGAGUGCUGCUGCCCGGAUUCUGGGUGAUGGGGCGGCCGAGACGGUGACCUGGCUGCAAGAUGCUGAGUCGCUUGCAAGAACUUAAAAAGGAGGAAGAGACACUGCUGAAGAUUAAGGCAGCCCUGCACGAUCAGCUCAACAGGUUAAAGGUUGAGGAGCUGGCUCUUCAGUCUAUGAUAACUGCUGGAGAAGUUGAGCAGGAGCAGCAGUCCCAUGGUGUGCAGCCUGAGGUGGAUUCUGUGAAUGUGGAUGAUGAAGAGGUGAUAAACCAGACCGAGCUGCAGCUUGGCAUAAUGGAUUACAACCAAGAAGAGGAAGAGGAAGAGGAGGAAGAAGAUUCAGACACUUAGAAUAUGACACGAGGAAGAGAAUGUAUCUGCUUAUACAUACGUUAAGGGAUAUGUCCUUCUUUUGUCCACAGGACUGCAGUAUGGUACCUUGCAUGUAUUAUGAGCUCUUUUUGUCAGCCAGUGGUUCUUAAAGGGGAAGGCCACACUAAAUCUUUUAACAUCUAAUUAACGAGGGGUUUCACAAGUCCUAACCCUCCAAAAUCCCAAAACUGAAGAGGCUGCAGUGCUGCGUAGAACACAUAAAUGAAUUUGCUUAUCAGUCACUAGAUUUAGCAUGACUUUCCCCUUUACAAGGAUGCCGCCAUUAGAUAGAGAAGGGUACAUUACAAUUAUAUACCGAGCAAUGAGAAAGAUGCCUUCAUAGAUUUGCUGUGAUUGAGGGCUUCUUAAAGUGCACUGAAUCUUUACUUAUUGCUGUGAGUAGAUUGUCAGCACGCAACGAGCUAUGCCAAGCAUGACUCUAUCAGUCGGGCAUUUCAGGUGCUGCCAUGUUUAGGUCAAACUCUUAUUUCUAGCUUGUGUCUUUUUAUGAAUUAGUUAAAACACAAUCUUGUAGCAAAGGACCAAGUUACCUCUAGCUCUUUAAAUUCAUAGAACGUGAAUAAAUGCAGCCCAAUAGACGGGUAGUAACGCACAGACAGAAGCUGUGCAAUGUAAAUAACUUUGAGAUUCUCUUGUGUGCAUUGUCUGGUGAAUUCUCUUACAAAUAAAACAGAUUGUUCCUCAUAAGCUAGAAGCUGAUAAUCUUAUUUCAUUCAGCAUGGGGCAGACCCUAACUCAGGGAGCAGCAACCUUCAGCUGUUGUGAAACUACAACUCCCAGCAUGCUCCGUUCAGAGAACAGCCAAGCAAGUGUGCAUGAUAGGAGAUGUAGUUUCACAGCACCUGGAGUCCUGGAGGUUGCUGACCGCUGUCCUAGCUGUUGUGGUGUCUGUAUUUUAUGCAUGUGUUUGGCUUGUAUAGGAAUUGGUAACCGCUUCAUUACCAGAGUGUUUACCCCCUUCCUUAUCCAAGCCAGUUUUUUAGUUUUAGCAAUGGGCCUAUCUAACUGCAAAUAAGUAAUA